AUCCGUCACAAAGGUGGAUCGUAUUGUAUACCCGGUGAAGUCAAUUUUGUUAAAACCCCACCAGAAAUUAUCUGAACAGAUUCUCAAAUAUUCCUCCAAUCUCAAAAUCAGAGCAUCCUUAUGUUCUUCAAUGCUAAUCUUGCUCCAUGUAAUUGCAGGGAUUAAAAACAUUAGCUUUUGUUCUCUUGAUAUACAAAUUGAUUCUUUUCUGGGUUGAUUUAAAAUGACUGUUUUACGCGAGAAAGUCUUGCGCAAGAAGGUAGAGAAGCUUGAGGUGAAAGGAUUAAAAAUACAUAAACUGAUUCCAGAAAAGCUAUCUGGACUGGAAGAACUACUUCAAGAUGUUUAUCUCAUCCUUCGACCAAAACCAAGUGAUUAUCAUGAUCGACUGGAUUUGGUUCGAGUCUUCAACGAUAUAGCAAAGGAGCUCUAUGGAAACAGUAACCGUCCUGUUGUGAAGGAAUUUGGUUCAUUUGUGAUGGACUUAUUCAGUUCCACCAGCGAUCUGGACCUCUCAGUCAAUUUCAGUGAUGAUGCAGCUGAGUACCCCCGCGACCAGAAAAUCAAAACUCUUCGAAAGUUUCUGAGAAAGUUCUAUGCACUUAAAAGUCAAGGACAUGUUUCUGGUGUUAAGCCUAUAUUUACUGCCAGGGUGCCAAUUCUUAAAGUUGUUGAUGCUGGAACUGGGGUUGAAUGUGAUAUUUCAGUAGAGAACAAAGAUGGAAUUUUGAAAUCCCAAAUCGUCCACAUGAUAUCUUUGAUCGAUUAUAGGUUUCAGAAGCUAUGUUUUUUGAUGAAAACCUGGGCAAAGGUGCAUAACAUUAACAGUUCAAAAGAUGGGACACUGAACUCUUUAUCCAUAAUACUUCUGGUGACUUUCCAUUUACAGACUCGAAAUCCCCCUAUAUUACCACCACUUUCUGCCUUAUUUAAAGAUGGCACUGAUCCUGCAUCUGUUAUGAAGUGUGUAAAGAAAUAUUCGAACUAUGGGAAAGGAAAUAAAGAGUCAUUGGCCAGCCUUUUCCUUACUCUGUUAAUCAAGCUAUCAUCUGUUUCAACACUUUGGUGUAAAGGUCUCUGCGCCAGUGCGUACCAAGGAGCUUGGAUUUCUAAAUCAUGGAAUUCCGAAGUUGGCUGCAUAAGUGUCGAGGAUUUUACAGACAGGUCUCAAAAUGUUGCAAGGGCGGUAAAAGAAGCAGAAAUUCCAAAUAUCAAUAAAGCCAUUGAACUAUCAAUUAUAUACAUAUUUGAUUUUAUGAAUGGUUUAAUUGAAGAAUCAAAGUUAAGGCGCCUUUUGUUUGGCCGUGAUGCUACAAUACCCAUGUCAGUUCAUACAAGCACCGCAAGUGGGGAAGAAAACGCAAAACUGAAUCAUUUGCCACUCGAGCUUAUUGAUUAUAAACCAAGUAUGCAGCCACCUACCACUGUUUGGGGUGGGAGGCUUGCAACACACUGUGAAUCUGCAUACAAAAACUAUCCGGUUAUGGCUUCCGACGUGACAGCAACAAAAAAGAUGCGGACUACUGGUGGCUGGGAAGAAAAACCCGCAGAAGAUUGGGUAGGAACCUCUAAUGGAAAUUGGGGACGGAUAUCAGGAGGUUAUUCGAGGAACAACCAAUAUCCUAUUAUUGUCAACCCUAAUAUGAUCCCUCUAGUAGGCUACCAAAGUAAAGACGGGGUUAGAAUGCAGCCGACUGUUACUGCUGAACAUGUUACUGCUGAACAUAUAUGGCCUGAAGAGAUGCCAGGGACCAGAGAAUGGGGAAAUUCAUUGCCAGCUAAUGUUCAUUAUAACAAAAAUAGUCAAGUGUCUGGGUACUCUGUUAGUCAUCCAACUUCAUCAAAUCAAAAUCUUCAAACAUUUGUUACACGUGACCGAAAUCCAGUGCAUGGACGGCCUUUCAGUCCUCGAGGAUCUUGGUAGGGUUUUGUUGAUUGCACCCAGUUUCUUCCCUUAGCAAUCUGAUUGCCCUGAUAUCUUCUUUGGGGUUGAUCUUGUCCAUAUGUACUCUCUAGGCUCAGAUUUGUAAUCACAUGUACCAUUGUCGUUCAGUUUUCCUUGUAAGAUCUGUAAAAGGCUUGGAUUUUCUGCAAUCUAAGUACUCUUUAUACAUGUGCUGAUGUGCAUGUAGUGCUGUAUUUAAAUUUUAAUGUCUUUCCUGAUA